AAAGUGAAAACAAAUAUAGUUUUCUCAUUCUAACUUAUUGCACUAGUUCCGCAGUGCCGCUAAAAAGACCAAACAUAUGUAUGAGCUAACCUUAUAUUAACAUUAACCUAAUCUGAAUUUUCGCGCUUCGAAACGUUUAGACGUGGUAUCAAGUAUAUUCUUUUAAAGUAAUUUUGUCUGGUUACAAAGCAAAAUGAAAUUUAAGACAAAUCAGAAAAUAAUGUGGACUCCCUUAGAGUUAGAAGGACUUUUAGAAGAUAAUGAUUCUUGCGUACAUUUCGAGAAAACUAACAAACAUCUCGCACUAUAUCCGUUCCAUUUAAAAAACCUCCGGAGAGCUCUCAAUGAGAUUAUGAUGUCUAUGUUAAAUACUUAUGAUACAGAAUUAAAAGGAUUUCUAAUAUCGUACAAAAAUCCUAAAGUACUGAGUAAUCUUGGAGAGACAUUCUAUGACAGCUGUUUCAUUCAUAUUGAUAUUGAAGCUGACUUUUAUCUGUUUUGUCCAAAAGUUGGAUGUUCUUUAAAAGGUAUAGUGAAUAAAAAGGGCUUGGAUCAUAUUGUCUUACUUGUGCACAAAAUAUUUACUGUUACUAUCCCAAAACCAGACAAUGAGGAGGAAUGGCUAGGUGAUAAUCUAGAAAUUGGCCAAGAAACAAAAUGUUGUGUAACCCACAUAGAUAGAAAUACCAAACCACCUUUCAUCUGUGCCACUUUAAGUACUGAUUACUUGCAAAGUUGUAGACUACCAGAAAUAUCUAAUAAUGCAGAUAUGGAUAUUAAAAAUAAUGUGAGCAUCAAGAAGAUAGUAGAUGGUAGAUCAGAUACUUCUGCAUCAGAAGACAGUGCUAUUUUCAGUCAAGAAGAUCCUGUCAAAAUAAAAGUUGAGGAUCCUGAGCCAGAAGCGUAUACAUGGGAUAACACAGCAGAUGCUAGCAAUUAUUCACAACUUAAUAAUGAUGGAACAAAUGUAUAUGAUAAUAUAAAUCUCAAUGGAUGCACAGAAUCACGCAAAAGAAAGAAAAGAGAACAUAUUGAAAUAGAUGCUUCAUUUGAGCCAGAGAGGAAGAAGAAGAAGAAGAAACACGUGAAAAGACCUAGAGAAUCUGAUUCAGAAUCAACAUGUGUGGCAGAGAAUGAAAAAGAAAUAAUUAAUAACAUCACAAGUACUGUAAAACGUAUUAAAUAUAAAGAAGAAAUAGAAGAAGAACAAGAUAAUAAAAAACAUAAGAAACACAAGAAGAAAUCUCUAGUAAUGUCGGAUUCAGAGCCAGAUUUCCCUGUUAAAAUAUAUAAAAAAGAAAAAGAAGAACAGAAUAAUAAGAAACAUAAGAAGAACAAGAAAGUAUCUAUGGUAAUGUCAGAUUCAGAGCCAGAUUUUCCUGUCAAAGUUAAAGAAGAAAAACCUGACCCGGUCAUAGAUAAAAUAAUCAAAGAAAGUUCAAGGAAUUAUGAGUCAUCUGGUUAUGAAAAUAUGGGAACACAAAAUUUGGAUGAACAUAUGGAAACGGAUAUAUGUACAAAAACAGAAAGUUCUGAUAAAGAAAAGAAAAAAAGAUCAAAGAAAGCAUCUAAAGACAUAGAUUCGGAGGUUGAGUUUAAAAUUAAAAGUGAAAAUAAAAUAGUCGAUGAUACUUUUGAAAUGAAUAAACACGACAGUGAAGAUGCAGUAGAUGAACAGCAUAAACAUAUGAACCAUAAUAUAUUAGAGUCGGAUAUUUCUUCAAGUAUCUCUGACAAUGAACAUAUAUCUAAAAAACAAAAAAAAAGUAAAAAAUCGUCCAAAGAGCCACUAGAUUCGAAGUUGAAACAUCAUGUUAAAAUAAAAGAGGAGGAAGAUAAUUGAUCUAGACAUUAACUCAUAUCAUGCAAUAUGUACAGAGAAAUUUAAAGAAAGUAAAAACCUUAUUGAGAGAGGACAAUAUUAAUCCUUUUAAUAUGAUGAUAGAAUCAAUGAUUUACAAAAAUCUUCCGUUUAUCCGUUAUAAUUGUAUUGUAAUAUUAUUAUGCUUAUGCACAAAAUAUUUUUAUCACAAAACCAGAUAACGAGGAAGAGGAAUGACUAGAUGAUAUCGAAUAUUGGCCAGGGAGUAAAAUGUUGCAUUGCUUGGAUAAAAAUAUCCAAUAUUUCUCCACCUGUGCUACUUUAAAUAUUUAAAUACCGGUUAUUUGCAAAAUUGUAACUUGCACGGAAAAAUUAAUGGUGUCGAUGGCAAAGAUAACAUUAGAAUUAACGAUAUCAAAAAAAUGAUCGAUUAGAUAUAAGUCUUUGAGAACAAUACUCCAACAAAGAAACUCGCUUCAGAAUAGAGAUAAAAAAGCACUUAAUCCAGAUGCGUAUAUGAAGAUUGAUAGUAAUGUUACAUAUAUAUUAUUGUAUAAGUAAUAUGCAAUAAUAGUAACAAUACGAUCGCAGUACGUGGAUGUGUUAACGGUAUACAAUUUUAAGUGUAAAUGUCCAGAAGCCUGAUUCGUGGAAUGUAUAGAUGUACGACGUGUAUAUAAAACUAAUUUAUAAUGGCGAAUCUGAAGUUACAAGCAAAUAUAUUAUUUCUUAAUUCCGCUUUCUCUCUUUGCAAACAUCUAACCAUAAUUUAUGGUAGGAUAUUAUUUACAUUAAUUUUUACUACAUACCGUAUUCUAUUUGUUUUUCUCGAUGUAAUAUUUUUAUAAGUUUCGUAUUGUACAUUAUAUGCGGAAGUAAAGCUCAUAGAUUCGUUGAACGAUAUUCCGAUCGUAUGUAUAAAUCGAUUGUAAGUCAAGAUAUAAAGAUUUAAUCGAAUUAAGAUUUAUAGUAAUAAGCUAGACACGAUGUUUUUACUUUGUCAUACAGAUAAGAUGUAUACAUCUCAGAGAUCCAUGUGCACGACGAACAAAAAUUGCCAUCUUGUACGUUCUGUGAAUUAAAAGAUUUUAUUUUCAAGACCA